CUUUGCUAUUUUACCCCUCAUUCCUGAAUAUAUACAGUCGCUAGUUCUCUUCCUCAAUAAUGCCAGAGGCUGCAAACACACACGAAAUGGAGUUCACCAAGCUGGACUCUCUCGCACAGACACUGCAGCCAGUUAUCCGAUACGUUGUGGCGGUCACGGCACUGGCAUCGGCAAACCACCCAACCACAAUCGAUAGCCUGGUCCGCUACUGCAAAACCCGGCUGACUGAGGACGAGAUGACUGAGUUUGUUGCAAAGUCGCGCGAAUCGCUGGUGAAGAUGAUAUCGACCAUGGGCGCCCCUAGAGUUAUCAACGCUACUGGGUCGCUAAUGAACGCUGUUGGAGAGGACAUUGCAUCGAAGCUGCUGCCUGUGCCAAUAAGGUCCAAGGAAAAUGCCACCUAUGACGAGAUCCGGGAGCGCGGGUUGCAGCUAUGGAAUGUUAUCUACGGCGCACAGGCAAAUAAGCUUGAAAACAAGCUCAAAAACAUGUACCCAGACCUGGCUGAGGUUAUUCAAGUUGAUCUUUACGGCCGCUUGCUCAGCAACACAGACGUGCUCACCACCAAGGAGACUGAGCUAUGUACGAUUGCGUCGUUGGUUCCGAUGGACGUCCCAGCACAGCUCAAGAGCCAUACGCUAGGAGCUGGCCGGGUUGGUGCAUCAGCUGAUGAGGUCGAAGCUGUUGUCAAUUCGUCCGAGCUGGUAUGCAGCCUACUGCACAAAUAGGAGGCGUAUGCAAGCGACCGACUGCAUUAUCAAACUCCAUUUGAUCUUUGAAUUUACUCCAAUGGCAUUCUCUACUGCGCCUUGCCUUUGUUCAAAAACGAUUAGGUAUUGAUGUGAUUCAGCACUGCCGAUCAAGAGCAUACAAUAGUGGCCGGAAUAUGCCUGUUGAGUAAAUCCGC